AUGACGAUACAGCCCGAAGCCGCCGCUGCCGCCGAGGGCAGCACGCGCACCCAGUUCUACCUCUUCGGUUAUCCCAUCAGCCACUCCGCAUCGCCCGCGUUCCACAAUUGUCUCUUCGCCGCGUCCGGGCUUCCAAAUCACUACCAGCUGCACGACACUGUGCACCCCGAGAAUGUCGACACGGACGUCAAGAGUGACAUGCUCCAGAUCCUCCAGCAGGACACCUUUGGCGGGUUCAUGAUAACGCGCUACCUCGACCGCCUGGACCCCGGCGCCUCCGAGAUCGGCAGCGUGAACACAAUCUACCUCGAGCGCGACGCCGCCGGCACUCUCAGGACAGUGGGGGAGAAUACGGACUGGCUCGGUGUGCGGAACGCUAUUGUCCAGUCUCUCCCCUCCUUUCAGCAAGCUCUCUCUCGACCGUUCGGCGACGACAAGGCCGGCUUCAUCAUCGGCGGAGGCGGCACGACGCGGGCAGCCGUGUAUGCCCUGUCCCAGCUGGGUCUGAGUCCGAUAUACCUCUUGAACCGCGACGCUGGCGAGACAGAGGAAAUCAUCGCCUCGUUCCCGCAGUACGACCUGCGUCCCCUCACUCCCUCUCUUGUCCCGUCCAUCGCCGACACGAUUGCCGCAGGUGUGGGCGCGAUUCCCUGCCUGCCACCACGAACCGAGGCCGAGCGGGCAGUGUACGCGACCGCGGAGGAGCUGUUCAGAUCCGGGCCGAAGGGACGGCCCUUCCUCGAGAUGUGCUACAAGCCUCGUCGGACGAAAUUGUACGCCAUGGCCGAGGGGGCCGGCUGGACGGCGAUCACAGGCAUUGAGGCCAUGAUCGAACAGGGGUUCGCGCAGCAGGAGCUGUGGUUGCUGCGCAGUGUUGCGCGGCCGUGGGACCGGACGGAUCUGCCGGAGCACGCGAAGGAGAAGGCGCGGCAGCUCGUGAGGGGAAUGGGCGACAUCCCGCCGGCGGAGAGGGAUAAGGCAUAG